AUUUAUUGACUGCUGCUGCUGGUGUAUGGUGUAUUUUGGUUCCCGGUGGAAUUUGGAAACGAUGAGUUCAGAUAUUGACCGUGAAUAUUCCACCCGCCGUAACUUGCGGCAAAGACAAACGAAGAAAGGCGAUUCUAAUGACGAUAAUGUUGCUAUUGAAUCCGAGAAGAACAAGCGAAAAGGAAAAAAAAGGGGUCAACAUUACGGGAAAAAUUCUGCCUAUGAUGAGUAUGGAAUUGUUCGCUACAGUGGAUUAGAUAUUUGCGACUGCAUGAGCGAAGAGUGUGAUGGAUGCUGGUACGAAUGUCCAAGCUGUGGUUCUACCAGGUGCGGUCCUACCUGCCGAGCUAAUCGAAAGUUUUUCUACGAAGGAAUUAACUACGAUGGAAAGGACUUGUCAAUAACUAAUAAAUUCCUUCCAAAAUAACUUGGAAACUAGUUUUAAAACGCUUCUGUACGCAUAUGACGCUGUAAAACUAGACCACGAGUUAAGUUACAUAUAGGUACUAUUAUAAAAUACAAUUUUUUAUGAAAAUUUGAUUCUGUACGAAUAAAUUAGUGUAAACAUCACGAAAUGUGUGAAAAUAGUA